AUGGCUCCAGGCGCUCCAGGCGCUCCAGGCGCUAUCGCUAUGCCUAGUGCUAUUAGUAGAAUCCAUUAUUUGUUGAUCGCGAAUAAUAACCUUGGACGUGAUCUGAGGAAGAUCGUCGUCGAUCCACAUUCCCCAUCCCUGCUUCCACGGGCGGGCGGGGAGGCUCCUGUGCAACACCAACGAGACUCCGCUGCAAACACUGAGGGGGAUGAAGGGGACGACAAAGAUAAUGAAUCACCUUCAACUUCCCCCUCUAAACAUCCGAUAAAUACAAAAACUGCAUCAGUUUCACCGGAAGCGACCACGACUACUUCAACUUCCUCUCCCUCGCAGACAGAAACCACAAAGCCAACAAAAACAGGGUCAAAUACCGAGAAGACUCAAUCCCCUACUCUAACGUCCUCAGACGAUACUCCCUUCCCAAGCCCCUUCGACAGUAACCUGGGAUCUAAUUUCACAGGCCCAGCUUGCGAAGGCUUCUUCCACAGCUUCCUCGGCAACUCCACCUUCCAAAACUGUCUCCCUCUCUCCCUUCUGAUCGAAUCAUCGCUCUCUUUCUUCCACACCUCGCGUUCCGUUGUCCGCCUCGCCCGUCUCCUCGAUGCUGCUUGCUCCGUGCCACGCGACUCCUGCAGCGCACUCAUGAGCGAGCUAGACAGAAAACUCGUCUCUGAGGACAUCUGUGGCAAGGACCUCAAGUUGGAGCAACCCGUCGUCAUCCAGGCACACAACGGCCUCCGCUCAUACGGGACAGUUCAUGAUGCCACAUGUCUCAAAAACCCGGACACAGAUAAUUACUGCUUCUCCGACGCCAUCACCAAUACCAGUAACCCGUCCAAUUCGUAUGUCUACUUCUUGCCCCUUAAUAUGGCAUUGCCAGGGUCUAGCCGGCCAACUUGCAAUAAAUGUCUGCAGGCGACAAUGCAGACCUUCUCUCUUGCUGCGACGAACGAUAACCAGCCCAUCUCUAAAACCUAUCUUGCGGCCGCCCAGCAGAUCAACAUUGGUUGCGGGCCGUCCUUUGUGGUCGCAGCUGUGAAGCUUGGCUCGUCAAAUGUUGCUCGUAGGACCGUGCAACUGGUAACAGGGCCUUCGAUGUUUGGCUUUGAUUUGGUAGGGGUGAUGGCUUAUGUGUUGCUGUUUUGCGUUGGGAUACCGAUUUUUGGUAAUAUUCUAUGA